AUGGAUGACUCCCUUCACCUACUUCCUGGCUUCAGAUUUCAUCCAACAGAUGAGGAGAUUAUAACGCACUAUCUGUUAGAGAAGGUCAUUGAUCAAAGCUUUAAGUCAAUUGCCAUUGGUGAAGGAAGCUUCAAUGAGUGCGAGCCAUGGGAUCUUCCAGGAAAAGCCAAUAUGGGAGAGAAAGAAUGGUACUUCUUUUGCAAAAGGGACAGGAAGUAUCCUACAGGAAUGAGGACUAAUAGAGCCACAUCAUCUGGCUACUGGAAAGCAACAGGGAAGGAUAAGGAGAUAUUCAAAGGGAAAGGUGUCCUUGUUGGGAUGAAGAAAACCUUGGUUUUCUAUAGUGGAAGAGCUCCAAGAGGUAUGAAGACCAAAUGGGUCAUGCACGAGUACAGGCUUGAAGGCAAAUAUCAGUACAAUAAUCUUUCCACACCUCAUCAGGAUGAAUGGGUUGUUUGCAAGGUCUACAAUAAGAAGGAUACAAAGAUCAGCACAGGACAACAGGAAGUUGCAGAAAGGAUGAACAGUUCUUUUGUGGAUGAUUUGUUAGUUGAUAAUCCUGAUCAAUUGCCACCUCUUACAAACUCUCCUUUCUUCUACAACUCAAGAGACAUCGUUGACUACAAUUCCUUUGACCUACAUUCCCCUAGCUUGGACUUCGGUCCCCUCGACCAUCGCCUAACUUUGAUCUUUUGA